AUGCCUGUAACACCGGAUAGACCAUCAUCGAUUCGCAAACGUCAUCGGCCCGCUCAUUCAUGCACCGAGUGCCGUCGCCGCAAGGUCCGAUGCGACCGAGUCAAACCACACUGCGGCCAAUGCAGAGCUCUGGACCUGACUGCAUUAUGCACAUACGAGGAGAAAGCUCGCGCGCAGAGCGCUCAUCGUGCGGCAUCAAUCGCUUCUAGCACCGAGCAACGACUUCCCAGAUCCCAAGAUACGCCCGGGAAAGCAUAUCCGACCAGUACUCCCACUCCCCGCCGCAUCCAAGGGACCAUCUCUAAAACCAGGGUGUAUGGUCAUGGCCACUGGAUGAAUGCAUUCUCACUGAUGGAAGGGCUACACCCCCUCGAGCCCUUCGGGGAGUGCUUUAAAGCUUUCUUCCCCCGAUCAAACGGCAACUCAGGAGACGACGUAGCAAACACGGUCCUUGAAUGCAAAAGGCUGGCGCAGAAUGUCAAGCAGCAGCGGCCCAGCCGGAGAUGUCUCUCGGCUGAUAUUCAUAGGUUCUUCCCGGACCGCGGUAUCAUGGAUGAACUGAUAAGGUUGUAUUUUGCUACCUUUGAAUCCUGCUAUGGGAUAUUGUGUUAUUCUUCUUUUUUGCGAGAUUAUGAUUCCUGCAUGGAACUACCGGAAAGUGCGGAAAGUCCGUUUCUUCUACAGAUCCUACUCGUCAUGACUGUUGCGGGCCCUUUGCAUAGUGAUGCGAGCGUGCGCGCUGAAAUGGCAGCGAAUGCCCGGAUAUGGAUCCACAUUGCUCAGAAUUGGCUGUCAGCGCCGAUGGAAAAGGACCGACUGACGCUAAAGGCAGUUCAAGUUUAUUGCUUGGUGUUACUUUCAAGAGAGGUUAAUCAUGUAGGGGCGGACCUGGUUUGGAUAUCGGCGGGGUCGUUGGUGAGGAUUGCCAUGCAGAUGGGACUGCAUCAGGAUCCAGACCUUCUCGGCCAGAUGGAUGUCGAGGAGAAGGAGUUACGAAGACGGCUAUGGUACACAAUUCUUGAGAUGAAUGUCCAGGCGGCGAUUGACUCUGGCAUGCCGCCCAUGAUCACCGAGGAAGAUUAUAAUACCCAGCCGCCAAAAACCAGGGAUGAAACUACAAGAGACGGACUGAUCAAUUGUUCUCUCCAGCCGCUACUUGCAAAAUCUAUUCCUCUGCGCCUUCGCCUCACCAGAAUCAUCAACAGCAUGCAAGAAGAACCGUCAUACGAUAAGGUCCUAGAUCUGGGAAAUGAACUGGCCACGGCGAGUUCCGAGGCCGCAGUUGCAAUAAACGAGAGCCCGUCAACGAAUACUUUUGGAUCCAGCUUCUGCAGCCAUCUUCUCCGCCGAUUCUCGUUAUGCCUUCACUAUCGCCCCGCGGUCAAGUCCAAAACAAACCCGCUAUACAGCCACUCCAGACAGGUCUGUUUGGAAGCAGCCUUGGAUUUGGUGGCACUUCUGGACGACGACCUAUAUAGCCGGAUACUCUGCAUCGGCGGUGGGAUGUUCCGCGACCUCAUCACGCGAGGCGCUCUGGUUAUAUUCCUAGAACUGAGCCCAGACCUAAGCGAGGACACGUCGAUAUUCGCGAAAAAGCGCCAUCGCGCACGUCAGGAACCGCUGUUAACCGACGCCCGCCGCGUGGUACAGUACGCAAAAGAGCGGAUGUCGCAAGGUGACACAAAUGUCAAGACUUAUGUAUGUUUGAGCAUGAUGCUGGCUCAUGCUGAGGCCCGACUUGACGGGUUACCAUUCAAAGAAGCUGUUGCGAACGCGACGCGCGACAGCUUGAAUGUCUGCCGUGAUAUUCUACAAGCGACUGCGUCUGCGCGUGCCACAGAUAUAAGGUAUCCAGAUCUUGAGACUUGGACUAAUGGUGUGAUCUCGCCCCUGCAUCUUGAUACCAACUUUGAGGAGGAUCUGGAUGGGCUUUUCAAUUUUGAUUUUACGAACGAGCAGUUUUCUAUGCAGUGGCCUGCGGAGACAGCUUUCUGA